ACCAGGCAGCGCGGGGCAGGGCUGAGGCAGGAGGAGGAGGAGGUGGAGCCUCCAUUUUCUAGGGCAUCUGCCACUUGCCCGGGGCAUCGCCCUGGCUCUACCCUGCCAGUGUGCGAGGAGCGUGAAGCUGGGGCCUGUUCCCUGGAAUUUGAGGAAUGCAUCAGGGACCUCUCAAUACUUAUGCUGCUGGUCCCCCGGAACCCAGAGCAUGGCAGAUGGGGCGCAGGCCAACCCCAGAGGGUUCAGGAAGAAGAUGAUGGUUAGAUGCUGCUCUGCGUGGAGGGGUCCAAGCUGCAGGGCCUCUGCCCCUUCCAGAACCUUCAGGUCCAGCCUGGGCGUGAAGCUCCUCGUCAUCGCUGUCCUGGCCGGUCGUGUUCUGUCCAUAGCCCAGGGCAGCCUGCUCAACCUGAAGUCCAUGGUGGAGACCGCCACAGGCAGAAGCGCGAUCCUGUCCUUCGUGGGCUACGGCUGCUACUGCGGGCUGGGGGGCCGCGGCCUGCCCAUGGACGAGGUAGACUGGUGCUGCCAUGCUCAUGACUGCUGCUACCAGAAACUCUUUGACCAGGGCUGCCGCCCCUACGUGGACCACUAUGACUUCUCGAUGGAGAACGACACCGUGAUUGCGUGCAGCGAGCUCAACAAGACAGACUGUGACAAGCAGACGUGCGAAUGUGACAAGAGCGUGGCUCUGUGUCUCAGGAACCAGACGUACCGGGAGCAGUACCGCAGCUACCUCAACAUUUACUGCCAGGGCCCCACGCCCAACUGCAGCAUCUAUGACCCACCCCCAGAGUUCAUCUGCGGACACCACUUCCCAGUGACCCCUGCCCCUCCCUAGCACUCCUGAGGUUUGAGCGAAGUGGGUAGAGGAUCUGUCUUGGGGACCAGACAGAUGGAGCAGACAGGGGUGGGACCAGGGCAGGAGCCCAGGAGCCCUGCAGCAAGUCUGGCCUCAGAGGACCGGGAGACCCGGCCCUGCCUGUGGCCACCAGCUCUUCCAGCCCAGCUCUGGACAUGACUUUGUCCUGGUGCUGGUUCUGGACUUGGUGGGAAGCGUGUGGCUUGUUGGGGUCUCUCCUGAGUGUGGAAGGCAAGAGCUGGGAGGUGAGAGUGAGUCCUCUCUGUCAGCCCAGCUUGAUUCUCUGAGCCUCCAAGACCUGGCCUCUGGCACAUGCUGGGCUGUGUCCCGGGACCCAGCUCCCAGGCAUGGACAGGGCUGUGAGGCGUGGCUUCUGGGGUCCCUGGCCAGCCCUGCAGGAUGAUUAGGAUGAUUCUCCUCUGCUCUGGGGGCUUGUGGCUCUCUAGAGCCCUUUAACACAGCAGGUGGUCCACCCCACAUCCAUGGAGGUGACACAGGGGUGCAGGUCCAGAGGACAGGUCCCAGCCCCCAAAUCCCUGUUGCUCAAAGUGCCUCUGAGCAGACGCCUGAGCCCACAUGCAGCCAGGCGUCAGGUGCAGGGUGGCACUCCCUUGAGCACACAGAGACAGGAUGGGGACACCCAAAUAUACCCGCAACACUUACAGCCCCUCUCCUUGCCUCUCUGACCCAUGCACAUAUAAUCCCCAACCCCCACCGCAGGACACCACUCACCUGAGGAGGACCCCUGAGCACCCUGACGGGAGCACGCAGGGCCCGGCCCCCAGGCCCUCGCUUGCAGCAACCAGAGGCAGGAGGUCAAGGACCCCAUCGCCCUGUGCAAGGGGAGCCAGGUGUCCGGAGUCCUGUCCAUGGGGAAGGAGCUCACCUGACCCACCUCAGUGAAGAGGGACACAAAGGUGGAAGGGAAGGACACUGGGAAGAAAAUUCCAGAAGG